AUGCCAAAGAGAAAGACCUUGAAUGGCAGGGAAAAACGCCAGAGAGAUAGAGACCGCAAGAGGGAAAAGAGGCAGGAGCAGUCCUUGCCACCAUCAGAUCCUCCUCCAGAUUCUGCUGUCCCAGCUGGAGCAGUAGAUGGAGCUAUCUCAGCUCCACCCGGUAAUUUUCCGGGGCAAGGCUCUAUAGGGUUGCCGCCUUUUGAGGAAAAACCCUUGGCCAGGUUGCAGGCCUCUCUUCGCGAGAAAAUGCAACCAACUGCCCUGAGUAACGCAUCUUCUCAGGGAAGUCGUCUGUGUGCCCGAAACGGAGGCAUGGCACCGUCCCCUGACUCCCCACCGUGGGUUUGUACUCCAGCGAGGGUACCUGAGCCGGACACCGUGCACGUGUCUGGCUCAGCAGGUCAGGCGCAGCUGGAUAUGUCAUCCUCUCAGGGGGAUGAGUCCAGCAGGAUAUUGAUUGAUGCAAACCAGAUUAAAAGAACGAUAUCUAAAAGGAAUACUAAAAGGAAUUUACAUGAUGAAAAUGAGAAUAUAGAUAGUGUAUAUGAGAGAAAUAAAUCAGAGUGCAGAAUUAGAAGACUGUGUACUGGUGAACUUGGUGGUGAUUAUACUUGUGUAAGUAAAGAUGGACCAGUAACAUUGAACAAGGUAUCUAUUCAAGGGUCUUUUCAUCAAGGUGACUUAAUGUUUGGUGAAAAUGCAGGAACACAAUGUGUUGCGAACUCAUUAGCAGCAUUAGCAUACCAUAAAGUAAAGAAUUCUAAUCAGUGGCAAACUUCAGAUAUAAAUAAAGUGUUAGCAACAGGAGAUGAGCUUUAUACAUACUUGCAGCGUAGUUCAACCAUUGUCAGUAGGUAUCUUUUUGUGAAUGAGUUGCCUCAAUUUUUUGAGUGUUUUAAUACAAUGUUUGAGUUCAAAGCAUGCAAAUCUUUAUGCAGCCUAAUAAAUUUGUCAGAUGUAGAACCAAACUAUGAUGAAUUUAAUGCAUAUUCACUGACAGAUGCAUUGCAAAUUGGUCUUGGAGAAACAAGUGGGUGUUUUGUAUGCUUCAAGGGAAAUACUUUUUUGAUUGGAAAAACAGAGGAUGGCUUCUUUACAUUUGACCCACAUUCACGGUCACAAUCGGGGUGUAUGAGUGUAACUGGAAGGAGUACAAGGAUACUGUAUCAAUCGGUUGAUGAUAUUUACAAUCACAUAUUGUCCUUGGCAGUGUCAAUGGGAAUUUCUGGAAUUACUGAAUGUGAAAUAACAGGUGUUGAUUGUUCAGUUUGCCAGUUUGCAAUAACUGAUAAACAUGAAAUUGAGCCAGGAAAAUGUACUCAGCAAAAUAAAGGCUUGAAUUUAGCAGUUCAAGAAAACAGAGACCUUUUGACUGCAAAUGUUCAGUCAGAUGCUUAUGGUUUUCAAUCAGUUGACGAUGAUGUUCAACUCAUUUGCAGUGAAAGUCAUAGUAUAAGUUUUCUGCCACUUUCUAACACUGUGAAAUUACAGCUUUGUCAGGUCCUGGGAAUACCACAGUCAGAUACAAAUAGUAAUGUUGAACAGGAUUGCUUUGUGCAAGAAGCUGGUGCACCUAGUGAGUAUGUUGAAAUUGAAGGGGAUGGAAAUUGUUUUUUCAGGGCCAUUUCAUUUUGUUUGAUUGGAGUAGAGGAUUAUCAUUAUGCAAUACGAUCAGCAGUGUGUAAACAUCUACUACAAAAUAGAAUAUUGUUUGAAACUUUUGUAAGAUCUACAGAAAAUUCUGUUGAAAAUCACUUGAAUUUAACAGGUAUGUCAAACGAUGGUACAUGGGCAACCGAAAUGGAAAUUCUUGCUCUCUCUCACCUCUUGAGCACUGAUAUACAUACAUAUACAGAAAAUCACUGGGUUACAUUCUCAGGAAAACAGGUAGAACCUAUGAAUGUUCAAAGCACAGGAUCAUUUUAUUUAGUUCAUCAGGACCGGAAUCAUUAUAAUGUAGUGGUGUCAGUUACAGAGAAAGAAACGGUUAGUUCCAAGGAAAAUAAUGCUCUGUAUGUUGGCAAGAAAGAAUACAGAGAAAGACGUAGAAAUCGAAAUCGCAUGAGGGAAAUGCGUAUCUUUUCAUCUGCCAAAAAAUUAAGUACAAAUCAUGAAAAGAAACUAAAGAAAGAAAAUUACACAGAAAGGAAAUUAAGAGCUGCAAAACUGAAGUACAAGACUGACCUUCAAUUUAGAUUAAAGGAAAGAUAUAAAAGUGAUGGAAUUUUCAAAGCAAAGGCAAAGCAAAGGAGCUUGGAAGCUAGUAAAAGAAAAUAUACAACAGAUGGUAUCCAUAAACAGUACAGGAAGAGAAGAAGUAUUGAGAAAUAUAGGUCAGAUAUAGUACAUAGAGAGGGUGUUAAACAAAGAAGUAAAGAAAAGUACUGGAAUGAUAAAGUACACAGAAAGAAUUAUCUAGAAAAGAGUAUAGAGAAGUACAAAAAUGAUGAAGCACACAGACUGAAUGUUAAACAAAGAAGUAUUCAUAAGUACAAGAAUGAUGAAGAACAUAGACAAAAGGUUAAGGCUGUUAAUAAAGUAAAGUAUCACUUUAGUGCUGCUGAGAAAAAGAAGAAGAAGGAGAAUGUUUUGAAUCAGAGACGAGCACUAAAAGUAAAGUUGGAAGAUGAAGAAGAAGUUGUGAAAUUCUUUAAGGAAAGUGUGAGAGAUGGCCCAGACUACAUAUGUUGCUGUUGUCAUCGUUUACUGUUUGAACAUCAAGUCCAACGAUGCACACUUGAAAUGUAUGAGAAAAGACAUGAAGCUUAUAAAAUUGCACAGAUUUGUAUACAGAAAAAAUGCUCCCAUGAUUGUACAGCAUCUUGUCCAGUGCAUUGCUCCAAGUCAUCAUUGUGGAUAUGCUUUACUUGUCAUAGGAAAAUACUGAGUGGGAAUAUUCCAGCAGAGGCAGCUGUUAAUAAAAUGUCAUUAGAGGAAAUUCCAUAUGAGCUUAGCAGUUUAAACAGUUUGGAGCGGCAUUUAAUCGCUUUGCAUAUUCCCUUUAUGAAAGUGAUGGCUCUUCCACAAGGUGGUCAAAGGAAUGUACAUGGGCCUGUUGUUUGUGUGCCAUCAAAUAUGGAAAAGGCCACAUCUUUACCAAGAAAUGGGGAUGACAAUUUAUUGGUAAGAGUUAAGCUAAAACGAAAGCUAGCGUACAAAGGCUAUUUCGAAUACCAAUUUGUUAAUCCAACUCAUGUCAACAUGGCUCUUGAUUAUUUAAGGAAAGAAAACAAAUGGUAUAAAGAUGUAGUGAUAAAUACCUUGUGGGAAGGAAAUAGUGACCAAAAUGAUUUGCUAUUUAAUGAGACUAGUGAAUAUGUAGAUGAAGAAGUGAAAGAAGAUGAGAGAGAUGAAAAUCCAGUUGUAACUGACACAUGUUUACAGCCAGUAGAUGUGGGACAAGAAGUUCUUGAUCAUUACUUUGAUGAUGUUUACAAUAUUGCACCUGGUGAAGGGAAAAAUCCAGUCCGAAUGUUGCAAGAAGAAGGAAACGAAGCAAAAUCAUUUCCACAUUUAUUUCCAAGUGGCAACUUUUCUUUGAAUGAAGAUCGAGAUGUGAAAAUAACCCUUUCAAGAUAUUUUAACAACAGACUUAUGAAUGCUGAUAACAGAUUUGCUAAGGACACAAAUUACAUCUUCUUCUCUCAAUACAUGUCAGAAUUGAAUCAAGUAAUAGAGAAAACACAAAUUUCAAUUCGAAAGUCUUUAUCAAAGCUUGAUAGUGGAAAUGCGGUAACAUCUGAAAUGUUACAGAAUCCUGAUGUUCUUUCAAAACUCUUAAGGAAUGAUGAGGCUUUACGAUUUAUGCAACCUAUUCGAGGAACACCUGCAUAUUGGUCGGCUUCUCAGAAAGAUCUAUUUGCUAUGCUUCGACAGUUAGGUAUCCCAACAUGGUUUUGUUCGUUUUCUGCAGCUGAAUACAGAUGGAGUGAAAUAAUUGGAUCAAUUUUACUGCAAGAAAAUGAUUCUAGAUCCCCUUCUGAUUUAGACUGGUCGGAAAAGAGUGAAAUUUUGAGAAGCAAUCCAGUUACUGUUGCCAGAAUGUUUGAACAUAGAUUUCAUAUGUUUCAAAGACAUGUUAUAUUGUCACCUUCAAAACCUAUAGGAAAUGUUAUUGAUUUUUUUGUGAGAGUAGAAUUUCAACAAAGGGGCUCUCCACACAUGCACUGCUUGUACUGGGUUGAGAAUGCACCGAAAUUUGAGGAAGAUGAUGAUAAAACUGUCUGUGAUUUUAUUGAUAAAUAUAUCACAUGCGCUUUACCUUCUGAAAUUGAUGACCAAGAGCUGCGACAAAUUGUUUUAGGUGUUCAACAACAUAGUAAGAACCAUUCAAAAUCCUGUAGGAAAAAGGGAACAGACUGCAGAUUCCACUUUCCAAGACCACCUUCAGAAAGAACAUUUAUUACAAGACCAUGUGAGGAGAAUGAGGAGGACUCCAAAACAUUCGACGGAUUGAGUAAAUCUCAGGCCAAAGAAAUUUUGUUGCAUGUUUGGAAUGAAGUUCUUGAUGAUGUGAAUGAAGGCAAAACUGCAGAGGAAAUCUUUUCUAAGGUGCAUUUAUCACAGGAUACUUACGAAAUGGCACACAGGGUAUUAUCUGCAAAAACAAGUACUAUCUUGAAACGAAAUCCAGAUGAAAUGUGGACAAACCAAUACAACACUUGCCUUCUCAGAUGUUGGGAUGCCAAUAUGGACAUACAGUACAUCCUAGACCCAUUUAGCUGUAUUGUUUACAUAAUUUCAUACAUAUCAAAGUCAGAACGGGAAAUGGGAAUGCUGUUAAAACAAACUCAAGUAGAAUCUGCAGAGGGAAAUUUAAGUGCUCGUCAAACAAUAAAAAGAAUUGGAUCAGCUUAUCUUAAUCAUAGAGAAGUGAGUGCCCAAGAGGCAGUGUACAGAGUUUGUAAUCUAAAAAUGAAAGAAGGAUCAAGAAAAGUGGUGUUUGUUCCAGUUGGUGAAAAUCCGACUCGAUUGAGUAAACCUCUUUCACAAAUGAAAAGGACAUGUAAGAACGAAGACGAUAUGGAAGAUGAUGAUGACAGUAUUUGGAUGACAAAUAUAGUGGAGAGAUAUGAAAAUCGUCCUGAUCUACAUCCUUUUCCUGAAAUGUGCCUUGCAGAAUUUUGCUCAGAGUUUCGUGUUUUGGCAAAAUCUGAAAUUCCCAAGGGAGUAAAAGAAGGCGUUUAUGAAUUGAAAAAUGGAAAUGGUUAUAUUCAGAGAAGAACAAGAGCUAAGCCAGCCAUAGUAAGAUAUCCAAGGUUCAAUCCUGAAAAUGCAUCAGAAAAGUAUUAUCAGUCAAUACUUCAGCUUUUUCUUCCAUAUUGUACCCAAGAUCAAUUGAAACCACCUGGAUUCAAGUUUUAUCAGGCAUUUUACGAAAACGGGUUUGUCAGAAUAAGAACUGGAAACAAAUUACAGUCUGUCAGGAUUCUGGUUGAAAAUAAUCGUUGUAAUUUCUCAAAGAAUGAGGCUGCCCUUGAAAAUGCCCAGGAAACUCUACAAGUUUAUGGUGAACCUGAAGAUGCUUGGGCUAACCUUUGUCCAGAAACUGAAAGAAAUCGAGAUGAAUGUCUAAACGAAAAGAGGAAAACAGAACAAUCAGAAAACAAAGAACAAGAAAUCACCCAUGAAAUUGAACAUGAUGGUGCUUCAGAUUUGAUAUACCAUAUUAGGGAAAGUUCAAACUCAAGCCAAGAAAUUUUGCCUUUGUUGCGAAGUUUAAAUGAUAAACAGAAACAGGUUUUCUACAUAGUUCGUAAAUGGUGCUUGAAAAAAGUGACUGAGAGGAAAGUUGACCCAUUACAUAUCUUUGUUACCGGUGGUGCAGGAACAGGAAAAAGUCACUUGAUAAAAACCAUACAGUAUGAGGCCUCUCGAAUUUUUGAGAAAAUUGUUUCAUCUCCUUCAGAUUUAUCUGUUCUUCUCACAGCUUUUACUGGAACUGCUGCUUUCAAUAUUGGGGGCAAUACAAUUCACCACGUAUUUUCUUUAACCAAAGCUCUACCUAUUCCAUAUGAACCCCUGAAAGAACAGAGUUUGAGUGCAAUGAGAGUGAAGUUAGCUUCUCUGCAGAUUUUAGUCAUCGAUGAAGUCUCAAUGGUUUACAAACGACUUUUGUAUUACAUUCAUGAACGACUGGUUCAAAUCAAGAAAUGCAAGGAACCUUUUGGCGGUAUUUCUGUUAUAGCAGUUGGCGAUUUUUACCAACUACCUCCUGUGAAACAACGAAAGUUGGAAAUACUUUACAAAGAAAAUGAUGAAUAUCCCAUAGACUACUGGUUAGACUUCUUCAAAAUUGUUGAGUUGGAAGAAAUAAUGAGACAACGUGAUGAUGCUGCAUUUGCUGCAGUUUUGAAUUCACUACGGGUUCGAACGAUAGAAGAACCAGUAUCAGAAAACGCGAAAACAAUGUUAAAAGACUGCAUCAGAGAUGGACCAGAUGAAGUACUGCAUGUUUAUCCUACAAAUGAAGAAGCAAAUGAGUAUAAUCUAAAGAUGUUGCAAGCAAGUUGUGAAGAAUUGAUAGAGAUAUCUGCAGAGGAUUAUCAAAAAGACAACACUACAGGAAAGCUGAAUUUACGUGAAAAACCCUUCAUACGGACAAGAACAGAUGGGCUCUCUGCAUCUUUGCUGUUUUCUGUGAAUGCUAGAGUGAUGCUGACAAGAAAUAUUGAUGUAGAAGACGGACUGGUGAAUGGUGCAAUGGGACAUAUUUCAGCAUUUGAUUUUGGACAAGCUCAGCAAAGAAAUAGGGUAGAAGGGAUUAGAAUUUUGUUUGAUAGUGAAGAUAUUGGAAAGCUUCAUGGGAAAAGAACGCCACAUGGAAAUGAAGUAUUGAUUCAAAGAAUACAAGAAGACAUCAAAGAGAAAAAUACAAAGAAUGUUGUACGACAUCAGUUUCCCUUGAAACUCGCAUGGGCAUGCACAGCACAUAAAGUUCAAGGCAUGACAACAAAUAGCGUAGUAGUAAAUUUAGAUCGUACUUUCGCUCCAGGACAGGCAUAUGUUGCAAUUAGCCGUGUCACUUCACAAAAUGGUUUAUUCAUAGAAACAAAGAAUGAAAAUGCAUUACUGAGAAAAAUUUACGCUAAUCCAGAUAUAAAGUCAGCACUGUGUAAGAUGGAGAAAUUAAUCCCAGAACAAGAUCAUCAGAACUACUACGAUGACCGAACCUUCAAAACAGUUGUUUUACUUAAUGUGCAGAGCUUAAGAGCACAUUUUCUUGACCUGAAAAGUGAUGCAAGAUUCCUCCAAGCAGACCUAAUAUGUCUCAAUGAAACAUGGCUGACAGACAAUGAUAGAAUAAAAAAUUUUGAAAUUGAUGACUUUCACUUCAAUCAUACUACAAGGAAGCAGUCAUAUGAUGAAAGUGUAGACAGUUUUGCUAAACUUCGCAUGUCCAAAGGAGGAGGGGUAGGAGUGUAUAUGAAGGGAAACGAAAAAGCUUUAGUUCAUGUUUUACCUCAGAAAAAUAUUGAAGGAAUGGCCAUAGAACUUUGUGAGGAGGACACGGUUAUCAUCGUAGUAUAUCGACCAAGUUCUCUCAAUGUCAGUUGGUUCCUUGACUCCCUGCAGAGAGUUGUAGAUUUUUAUAAAGAAUCAUUUUCUCGAUGCCUUGUACUCGGCGAUUUCAACGAAGAUGCACAAUACAAAGGAUCAAUUCAAAGAAUGUUGGAAACCAAUGGUUUUAAACAAAAAGUGAAUUUUGCAACAACAGACGGCAAUUCAGUGUUAGAUCAUGUUUACAUUACAGAACAGAUGGAAGCAAAAGUAGAGGCCAUGCCAGUAUAUUACAGCUAUCAUGAUGCUGUUAAAGUUCAUUUAAAAACAAGAUAG